UGCAUUGCUGAUAACAUCCCAUUGUUUGCGGAUAACAACGAGUGAUCAACGUUAUUAUGUGGGUACUGCUCCUUAUAACAAAGAGGUGUCUUCCCACUGUCCCCAACCCAUACCUAUGCAUGGAGUCGACGCCUGCAUGUCUUCCCUGAUGUCCGGCAAGGGAUUCUCCAGCAUGAAUCACCGCUACAGGGAGCGAUUCAACAGUUGGAAUGAGUCCGACGAGCUCGGCGUCUUCGAGGCGACGCGGUACUUCUCUGAUGCGACCGACGGCGUAGGUCUCGUAGGUGGAUUUGGCCCUCGUGGAGCUGUUGCAGUCGAGCAGACGGUGCCCAGGAGCUCAGAUGGGAGACUAAUUAGCGGCAGUCCCUCGCUGACGAGAGCCAAGAAGUGCGGCAAGCAACCUGGCUCCCCUGGAGCUAAAUUAGUCGGCUAUCUCAACUCUUUCUUCCAUCAAGCGGCUUCUCGGAGGAAGCCGAAGUGUUCGACUCCCACCUCGACGUCCAGAGAGCCACGAGAGGAUGGGGAAGAGGUGGAGAAGAGACCUGGAGAUCAGAAGGAGAGAAGAAGAAGCAUCACCGGCCAUUCUCAAAGCACCAAGACCGCUGGCACCAAAUCCAGCAAUUUCUGCCCACGAAGUGAGGUAAGGGGAAGGAGAAGAAGUAUCACGGAGGUGUCAAAGGAGAGAGAAAACUGGGAGAACAAACAGGUGCCGAACGGUGCAUGGCCAAGGGGAAGAAAUAAGACCUUCGGUAGAAGAGGAAAAGAGGUGGAAGAUGAUGACGGGGACUCCGACUCCAGCUCCGAUCUAUUCGAGCUGAAGAUUUGUGAUCGCGGCGGCCUCUCCGACGGCUUGCCCGUCUUUGCAACCACAGAUAUCCAAGCUAUCAAGAGAGACACUGCGAUAUCAAGUUCUGCAUCUUAGCCACCAUUUUCCUCUCUUCUUCCCUUCUCCAAUACCUGGUAAUAAUACGAAUCAGUGAUGUUUCUUUUCA